AUGCCGCCCUCCAACAUCCUCUCCCAGCUCCGCCUAGCCGGCAUCCGCGUCCCUCAAACCUCCAUGCGCCACUUCUCGCAGCAUCGCUCAUCUCAAUACCCGCGAAAAGACAGCCAGAACAAGGAUAGCAUCGAUACUGAAGCAACAGAGUACACAAAGUCUGGGACGGACGAUCAGACUGCCGCUAAUGAGGACGCGGCGUUUAAUCCUGAUAUUACUAGUCCCGAGGCAGAAAAAAAGGCUGCGGGGAAGGGGAAUGAGGGUAAGACCAAUGGUAAUCCGUUGGAGGUUAGUCCGGCGAAUAGGGAUAUUAGUCAUCAGACGGAUGGGCAGCAUGCUGGUGCGGAGAAUAGUAGAGGAGGAAGUGGUAAGCAGAGUGGAUUUGGGGGCCCGCAGAAGAAGGGUGGUAGUUGA